AUGACCGCCGCCGCCUCCUCUUCCUCACCCCCGGGCGCCGGCAAACAGGAGGAGGACCCUGCCGAGGGCGCCGCCGCCGCCCCGGAGGCCGAGGACCCGGCCCGGGCGCAAGUCAGCGAGCCGAAUGAAGAGGAAAACCUCAACCACACGCGAUGGUGGCUCGUGGCCUCGGCGUUUCCCAUGAUUGCCGGCACUCUGGGCCCGGUCGCGUCGGCCUUUAGCAUCUGCGCGCUGAGCCGGCCGUGGCGGCAGUACAUGCCGCCCGGUACCGACUUUGAGUCGGCCACGUAUGUCAGCGAUCCGCCGUGGCUGACGGCCGUCAACGCCGUCCAACUGGCCAUGGCGGUCGUGUCCAACGUCUUUCUCCUCCUCAACAUGGCGAGGCGCGUCAAAUUCACCAUUGCGCAGCCAAUCACCAUUGUCGGAUGGUACAUAUCCUCCUUUUGCCUCAUCGCGCUCUGCGCCACCGCCUCGGGCCCGCUGAAGCAGGGUCUCGACAACCCCGUCAAGGACUACGUCCUGUCGCAGGCCUUUUACUACGGCAUCUGGGCCGCCAUCCUGUACUUCGUCGUCGCCUCCUUCAUGACGGCCACGUUUUGGGGCGCCUCGACCGGCCACUUCAGCAAGAGCUUCGCCCUGACGUCGAGCCAGCGCACCCUCAUGCUGCAGACGAUCCUCUUCCUCACCUACCUGCUCCUCGGCGCCCUCAUCUUCAGCACCAUCGAGGGCUGGAACUACCUCGACGGCGUCUACUGGGCCAACGUCACGCUCUUCACCGUCGGCUUCGGCGACUUCGCCCCCACCCGGUCGCUCGCCCGCGCCCUCCUACUGCCGUACGCCCUCAUCGGCAUCGUCAGCCUCGGUCUCGUCAUCGCCUCGAUCCGGAGCAUGAUCCUGGACCGCGCCCGCCGCCGCGUCGCCAUCCGCAUGGAGGAGAAGACGCGCCGCCGGCUCGUCCGCACCCUCACCAAGACCGGAAACGACACCAUCCUGCGGCCCAUGUCCGGCGGCGACGAGGACGCCAGCCUGAGCCCGCACGUCACCAACGAGUACGAGCGCCGCAAGGUCGAGUUUGAGCUCAUGCGCAGCAUCCAGGACCGCGCCCUGCGGAGGCGCCAGUGGAUGGAUCUGUCGGCCUCCUUUGGCACCCUCAUCGUGUUGUGGCUCGUUGGCGCCCUCGUCUUUUGGAUGACCGAAAAGGACUACCAGGAGAACUGGACCUACUUCAUCGCCUUUUACCUCUGCUUCGUCUCCCUCACCACCAUUGGCUACGGCGACCGCGUACCCAUCACCAAUGCCGGAAAGGCCUUCUUCGUCUUUUGGUCCCUACUCGCCCUGCCGACCAUGACCGUGCUCAUCUCCCACGCCGAGAACACCGUCGUCAAGUUUGUCAAGGAAAUGACCAUUAAGCUCGGCGCCGUCACCAUUCUGCCGCGUGACAAGAUAAUUGCCCAGAUGGAAAAGGAGCAUCUCAAGCAGUACAACAGCCACCAGACCCCCGGCCUGCGCCUCGACGCCGGCGGCCUCGUCCGCUGGCGCAGCCGCAGCCACAGCCGCUCCAAGCACGUCUCGCCCGACGGCCGCGCUCACGGUACCGACGACCCCGACGCCGAGCCCGGCACACUCCGCACCCGCCGCCGGCGCGCCGCCCGCCACACCCAUCUCCGCAGCGUGGCCACGCGCCUCCGCCACGCCGCCCAGAUCCAGGGCCAGCACCUCCACCAGCACCAGAACCGGCCGCUCGACACCCUGCCCACCGGCCACGAGUUCCAGUUGCUGCUCGUCGCCGAGAUUCGCGCUGUGACACAGCACCUGCGCGAGGCCACGCCGCGGCGGUACUCGUUUGAGGAGUGGGCCUGGUUCCUCUGGCUGCUCGGCGAGGACGAGCGCGAUGCCCACACGCACCGCAAGGCCCGCCCGGACGAGAAACGCACGCACCACGGCGUGGCCGAGCAGCCGCGGAAGCUGCACGCCGACGGGACCCUGCAUUCGGCCCAGCCGUUUCAGUGGUCCUGGGUCGGCAGCCGCAGCCCGCUGACGGCUGACCAGGAGGAGAGCGAGUGGGUGCUUGACCGCCUCACGUUUCGCCUGCAAAAGGCGCUCGAAAACGACGCCGACACCGAGGAGGCGGCUGCAGCAGCCGCGAAGCGAUGUCUGGCGCCGGAUACGGAGCUGCAAAUAAGACGCAGCUAA